UUAUUUAAUUACUACCCAUUCCUUGGAUUCCUCCUCAAACCUCACAAAAUGAUACUGAAAAAAGUAGAAGAGGUGUGUGUAAUCUUAAGGAAGUGCAUCAAGGAAAGCAAAGAAAGAAUCGAUGAAAACAACCUGACAAGCUACAUUGAUGCAUUGGUAUUCAAACAAGAGGAGAAAAAUAAAAGCAAUACACUUUUUCAUGAUGCGAAUGUAUUGGCCUCUGCGCUCGACCUGUUCAUGGCUGGUACUGAGACCACAUCCACGACAUUGCAAUGGGCUAUCCUGCUGCUGAUGAAGUACCCUGAGAUUCAAAAAAAGGUGCACACAGAAGUUCAGCAAGUUCUUGGCCCUGGCUCCUUGCCUACCUUUGAGGACCGGAAAAACAUGCCAUUUACCAACGCAGUGAUCCACGAGGUGCAGAGAUUUGUCACCCUCCUGCCACAUGUUCCACGGUGCACCUCUGUUGACACCCACUUUAAAGGCUACUUCAUCCCCAAGGGAACAACAGUGAUUCCUCUGCUCAGCUCCGUGCUGCUGGAUAAAACGCAAUGGGAGAUGCCAGAUGAGUUCAACCCCAACCAUUUCCUUGAUGAGGAUGGGAACUUUGUAAAGAAGAAAGCGUUCCUGCCAUUCUCCACAGGGCGGAGAAACUGCAUUGGAGAAAGUCUUGCCACGAUGGAGCUCUUCAUCUUCUUCACAGGCUUGAUCCAGAAAUUUACUUUUAAGCCUCCACCUGGGGUCAAAGAAUCUGAGCUGGACAUGACUGCAGAGGCUGGAUUCACCAUGAGACCCCAUCCACAGUGUGCUUGCGCUGUGCUACGCCAAUAA